UCCAACCCACAUCUUCCUCCUUCCACCUCCCUCCGCUCCGCUGCCGAGCGCGGCGAACGAUGCGAUGGCAGGAGCGCUCCUCCGAACAGCUCUUUUCUCCCCACGCCUUCCCGCGCAGCUCCCCAGCCGUGCCUCCCUUCCCCAGCUCCGCUUCCUCUCCGUCUCCUUCUCCGCCUCCGCUGCGCCCAAUAGCUCGCAUGGCCCCAGUGGUGACGGCGGCAAGGGGGAGGAUGAUGGCAAGGGCGGGUCUCCCUACGACGACUACCUGGGGAUGAGCGACGACGAGCUCAUGGGCCAGUGCGACAUGGGCACGUUCAAGUCGUCGGGCCCCGGCGGCCAGCACCGCAACAAGCGUGAGUCCGCCGUCCGGCUCCGCCACCACCCCACCGGCAUCGUCGCCCAGGCUGUGGAGGAUAGGUCACAGCAUAAGAAUCGAUCAUCUGCUUUAUCUCGGCUUCGGACCUUGAUUGCUCUUAAAGUUAGGAGGCCGAUAAACCUAGAGGACUACACUCCUCCGGUUGAGCUUCUUCAGAUAUUGCCCCUGAAGUCUACCAUUCGAGCAAAGGAUGUUGGUAACCAAAUUGGCCCAAAUAACCCAAAAUUUUCUCCAGGAAUGCAAGCUUUAUUAGAUCUUCUAUUUGCUGUUGAAGGUUCUGUAUCAGAGGCAGCAAAAAUACUAGGGCUAAGCACUGGUGCCCUGUCAAGGUUAAUUUUAUCAGAUGAUUCUCUGCGAGCGGCUGCAAACGAACUACGAGCCUCCAAGGGACUGAAGCCACUAAGAUGAUGAUAUCCUCUGUAACAAUGUCAUCCUGUGUAACGUUGUUGUCUUCAACAACGCCACAGGUGCCAAGGUAGCCCGCUACUAGGGAUUUUCAUGGCAAGCCUUUGGAGCUUAUACCCAAUUCCCUAGUGCAUGGAUUGCAAAUAUACACAGGGUUGCCUUAUACAGGGCCAUCAUGCGAACAUGUUUUCGCAUGUCUGUAUGACCUUGUUGUCGUAAUAGUGCAAUUGUACUUCAAUGUAUUGCCAUCCCUUGAACAAGUUGGAACUAUUUACUACAAAUUUCAAAUAUGUAACACAUGAACCUGUGCAUGACAGUUGCAUCCAGAUUUUCAUUGGCACA